GACAAGAUGGCUGCCCCCAUGGCCAUUCAUCUGGAGUUCGGAGGCGGAGCAGAGCUUCUUUUUGACGGCGUCAAGGAUCAUCACAUCAGCCUUCCAAGCCAAACAGAACCUUGGGACAUGAAGCAGCUGCUGGCGUGGAUCCAACAGAACCUGCUGAAGGAGCGGCCCGAGCUCUUUGUCCAGGGCGAGUCCGUGAGACCUGGCAUUCUGGUGCUGAUCAACGACGCCGACUGGGAGCUAAUGGGCGAGUUGGACUACCGCCUGCAAGACCAAGACAACGUGGUGUUUAUCUCCACUCUGCACGGAGGAUAGAACCUACACAAAACACACAGCAGCACCUUUCACUGCACUGGCACAUCCCAGCAAAGCCCAACCCCAUUGGACCAGACGUCAGGAGGUGAUGGAUGUUCCUCAGGAGCCAAGAUGGACAAGAUGACGUCUUUUAUUCUUUACUUGAUUUGUACAUGAUGGGCUGGGAUGAAGAGGCAGGAAGUGAACGUGGAAGGUGUACGCACAGGUGUUGCAUGGGAGGAAAUAGUUUAUUAGCAUUGCAAAACAUGUGGACCGUCUGCUGCAUAACAAUAUUAAUAGACAAAGAAAAAACAAUAAAUGUCAGCUUGAUUGUGCCUCCAAAAAAAAAGCAGCCACCACCAUAUUGACAUGUAUAUAAAAUAGUCACAUAUAUUUCCCAUCAUUACUACUGAACCCUGUUUUCUUAUUGUUUUUUUAUUUUAAAAAUAACCACAUUUCAAUAUCUCCAUUUGUAUUUUUUUAUAUUUUUUUCAAAGAUAUCUUCCCUCCCCCACCCCCACCCCCCAAGUAGCAAAGUCCAGGGGUUCUCACACUGUUUCAACCUGGGACCCACAUUUUCCACUGGUCCCGAAGUUGCGACGCGCUUUUACAUAUGUCAAACAAUGCAAAUGUAUUUGUUUUAUUUUAAAUCUGCUAUAUCAUCUUUUGAAACAUGAAUACACAUAAUUACAUGUCCAAAGUGCAUUUUAGAGUCAUUUAUUUAGUUGCGACCCACUUUUCUAUAUGUCAAACAGUACAAAUGUGUUUGUUUUUAACAUUUUAAAUCAACUAUAUCAUCUUUUGAAACAUGAAUACACAUAAUUACAUGUCCAGAGUGCAUUUUAAGUCAUUUAUUUAGUUGUGACCCACUUUUAUAAAUGUCAGACAAAGCAAAGGUAUUUGUUUACUUAUUUAUUUAUUUAUUUAUUUAUUUUAAACCAUUUUUUUUUAAACAUUAAUCCACAUAAUUGCAUGUCCAAAGUGCAUUUUAAGAGUCAUUUAUUUAGUUGCGACCCACUUUUCUAUAUGUCAAACAGUACAAAUGUGUUUGUUUUUAACAUUUUAAAUCAACUAUAUCAUCUUUUGAAACAUGAAUACACAUAAUUACAUGUCCAGAGUGCAUUUUAAGUCAUUUAUUUAGUUGUGACCCACUUUUAUAAAUGUCAGACAAAGCAAAGGUAUUUGUUUACUUAUUUAUUUAUUUAUUUAUUUUAAACCAUUUUUUUUUAAACAUUAAUCCACAUAAUUGCAUGUCCAAAGUGCAUUUUAAGAGUCAUUUUAUUCCGGAAAUGACAAGCAACAUGAUGAUAAUGCAUAAAUGAAAAUUACAAAUGAAAAUUGCAGUUAAUGAGACCCCAAAAGCAAAUAUUCCACUUAUGACUGUGCAGUCAUCAUGCAGCAGGGAGAAAGAUGACCACAAUAUUGUUCAGUUGGACUCCAAAACAAGUCAGGCGUUGGUCAUAUAUUACAUAUUUCCGUGUCCUUUUUACACAAGCUGUCUGCGGCCCCCCACUUGAGAACGACCGCUCAGUCCAGUGGCUCCAUUCACUAUUUGGUUUUACUUAUUAAUACAUUCUCCAUCGUCCUUAAGGUUUUUAUUGCAUCACAAGUACAAUAUGUUAUUUUUCUGUGUGUGUGGAACAAUUUUUAAAAAUUCCUUCAUUUUCCCUCUGCUAUCAUUUCAAAUAUGUGCUGCUUGUAUCUGAUUAAAUAACACUUGAGGGGCAUUUUAGCCUCCUGAAGGCCUGCUGAGCUGGAGGAGUGUGCGUGCGUGCGUGCGUGUGUGUGUGUGUGUGUGUGUGUGUGUGUGUGUGUGUGUGUGUGUGUGUGUUCCAGGACCACUGCGGGAGGUCGAGGUGUCUCCUCGGGCUUGCCCUCGCCUAUGAGCGCCCCUGGCGACCCGAAAGCCUUUUUCUCGCUUGUAGAGUCCGAUUUGCAACGGGAAGCCUUCCCAGAAUAGGAAGCUGCAAAGGGAAUGCUAAUGAGGGGCUCCACUGGAGACAAAAUGCUCCAGCACCACGUGUGUGUGUGUGUGUGUGGGGAUACUUUGCAAUUGGGUGAUUACGAAAAGAUGUUUGUUU